AUGACUACAAACAAUGGUUUGAUUGGCGAAGAGAUGGCAAACAAUAGUUGUAAUAAAGCGCUAGAAUUGAGUGCGAAAUACAUAUCGUUUGAAUCGGUGUCCAAAUCAGUGAAUGUCUUCUACGAUGAGGUGAAUCAACACGUGUUUGUGGUCACCAACCGAUGCGCCGGCGGUGUUGUUGUCAAAGCCAUGGAUCAGAUGGUCACUCAAUUCAGACUUGAAGACAAGGGCGACGUGUUGUCCAUCAAGUUCUCGCCCGCCUGUGAUGUGUUGGCCCUCCAGAGGACACCAAAUACUGUUGAGUUCGUCAACUUCACCGACGGUCAGCCAAACAGCCAUUACUCGCAGUCAUCGAAGACGAAGAACUGUAAAGUAAUGGGUUUUAUUUGGACCAAUACUUACGAAAUGGUUUUCGUAACCGAUAAUGGGAUUGAGUUUUAUCAAGUGAUUUGUGAUAAACGUUUGGUCAAAUGCCUGAAGACAUUCCCACUUUCUGUUGAGUGGUUUGUAUACGAGCCUCAAACGUCGGUCCUAUUGGUUGCUAACGGAACGUAUGCUAAUGUUAUACAAGCCUUUCAAUUCAGACCGAACACUGUUUAUAAAUUGUCUAAAUUUGAAGUCGAGUGGACUAUUAAGCAAAAGGCACCGAAAACUGGUCUAUUUGAAAGAGAUGUGGCCAUCGCUUACAUAUAUGGCAAAACUCGUCUAUUAGUCCUAAAACAUCAGCCAAUCCUUAAGGAACAAAGUGGUGCUCAUGUCGUGAUUUACACAUUUCUCAAAGAUUCAGUGCCUCAGAAGACGGACGUUCUGUUGCUGCACCUGACGGGUCGGUUCGCUAUCAAUAUAGUCGAUGAUUUAGUGAUAGUCCACCACCAGACCAGUCAAUCAUCACUUGUUUUUGAUAUUAAUCUACAAUCAAAUGAAAUGAUGGCAAACGUUAAGAUUCAUUACCCCAUUGUCUCCAAUUGUGCCAUAAAAGCGUUUAAAUUGGACGACAAUAUAGAUUGCGAAUUAUAUUCAACAAAUUGGGUUAUAUUUCAACCAAAUAUUAUAAUCGACGCCAGACUCGGGUGUCUCUGGUUUUUACAAAUAAAUUUAAAACAAUUUAUUGAAUUCAUUCCCAAUAUUCCACUUUUGGUCGACUUUCUAAUACGAAAUUCUAAGACAUGUUUACUUAACGUAAUUAAAGACUCAAUUAAUGGUCGAAGUGAAGAAAGUUUAAGAAACCCUUUGGGAAAUCUAUCGCUAGUAUUCAAUAAAGUGAACUCCGCUUAUAAAGAAUCGCUCGUUGAAAACACGUUGAAUCCAAACCAUAUAAACGACUCAAAUAGGCUUAAGAUGAAGACUAUUGUGGAACAAACAGACGUCUUCUCCGACGUGUUCACUGUAUUCGACGAACAAAAUACUUGUUUGGACCAAAGUUUAAUCGUUUCAAUACUGUUUGAAUACAUAUAUUCAUUAUCCUUAUAUCAAAUUCCGAUUCAAUAUUUUGUGUACGAAUUUUUGAUAAGACAUUUGGUGCGAUCGGAACAGUACUACCAAAUGCAUCAAUUCCUUCAGUAUCAUGUAUUCACUGAUUCCAAGCCAUUAGCGUGUCUUUUGCUAUCUCUUGGACCUAAUUAUAAAUAUGCGGUUCAAUUGGCGUUAGAUAUGUUGAAAAGACUGACCACUGCUAACGAAGAGAUCAUUGAAGUGCUAUUAUCUCAAUACCAAUUGCCGCGAGCGCUCAGAUUCAUACAAAGUCACGGAAACAUUGACAGCAUAUCUGCGCGAAAAUUCCUCGAAAUUGCU